AAAAGCAAACUGUCAUUCCGUAUUUUCAUCACACACACAUUUCGCAGAUGUUCCGAAAAGUCUUAAUUUAGAUAAAAUAUCGGAACUUUUCACCCAAAAAUCGCAUUUAAUUGACUUUAUUUUUCGCAAAGCCACGAACAAACGCAUCAUCAACUCACCAUGGCGGCCGAUAUGGAAUUGAAAAAGGCAUUCACCGAAAUGCAACUCAACAAAAUCGAGACCUCGAAGAAGCUGCGUUUCAUCGACUUCCAAGAAGAGCAACUCAAAAAGUCAAAAGCCCGUUACGAGCUCACCGAUUCCGAAAUCUCACAGUUGCCGGAAGACACAAAAGUUUACGCCACAGUUGGGCGGAUGUUUGUGCUCUCGAAGUUGCCAGAGUUGCGUGCCGAGUUGAAGACAAAAACGGAAAAAGUUGUCGAAAUGAUUGGACAAUGCGAUAAAAAUAAGGAAUUUCUCAUGAAUAGCUUGAAGGAGCAGGAGGAGAGUCUGCGAGAUCUAGUCCAACAGAAGAAGAAUAACAUUGAAAAGUGAAUUCAAAUUUUGAGUUUGACAAUUUUUUUGGCUUUCAUGUAUCUUUUAAUUAAUAAAAUCUAAAUUAUGCGCCUCAUUUCACGCGGAA